GUCCGGAGUCGAAUACUGACCUGUAUGGGGUCAGGACACCGAUCACCAGCUCCAGCGGACAUCAUCUACCAGCUCCAGCGGACAUCAUCUACCUGCUCCAACGGACAUCAUCUACCAGCUCCAACGGACAUCAUCUACCAGCUCCAGCGGACAUCAUCUACCAGCUCCAGCGGACAUCAUCUACCAGCUCCAGCGGACAUCAUCUACCAGCUCCAGCGGACAUCAUCUACCAGCUCCAGCGGAUAUCAUCUACCAGCUCCAGCGGACAUCAUCUACCAGCUCCAGCGGACAUCAUCUACCAGCUCCAGCGGACAUCAUCUACCAGCUCCAGCGGACAUCAUCUACCUGCUCCAGCGGACAUCAUCUACCAGCUCCAGCGGACAUCAUCUACCAGCUCCAGCGGACAUCAUCUACCAGCUCCAGCGGACAUCAUCUCUCCAGCGGACACAUCUACCUGCUCCAGCGGACAUCAUCUACCAGCUCCAGCGGACAUCAUCUACCAGCUCCAGCGGACAUCAUUACCUGCUCCAGCGGACAUCAUCUACCAGCUCCAGCGGACAUCAUCUACUGCUCCAGCGGACAUCAUCUACCAGCUCCAGCGGACAUCAUCUACCAGCUCCAGCGGACAUCAUCUACCAGCUCCAGCGGACAUCAUCUACCAGCUCCAGCGGACAUCAUCUACCAGCUCCAGCGGACAUCAUCUACCAGCUCCAGCGGACAUCAUCUACCUGCUCCAGCGGACAUCAUCUACCAGCUCCAGCGGACAUCAUCUACCAGCUCCAGCGGACAUCAUCUACCAGCUCCAGCGGACAUCAUCUACCAGCUCCAGCGGACAUCAUCUACCUGCUCCAGCGGACAUCAUCUACCAGCUCCAGCGGACAUCAUCUACCAGCUCCAGCGGACAUCAUCUACCAGCUCCAGCGGACAUCAUCUACCUGCUCCAGCGGACAUCAUCUACCAGCUCCAGCGGACAUCAUCUACCUGCUCCAGCGGACAUCAUCUACCAGAUCCAGCGGACAUCAUCUACCAGCUCCAGCGGACAUCAUCUACCAGCUCCAGCGGACAUCAUCUACCUGCUCCAGCGGACAUCAUCUACCAGCUCCAGCGGAUACUAUCUAUCUUCUCCAACAGACUAA